CCGCAACAACAACCACCUGCAAAACUUUCUUUAGUGCGUUUCGACGAGAGCACCGAUGUCAAAGAUAUGUAUUGAAAUCCAAACCAGAAACAACUUGUUGACAAAGCCUAUCGGCAGCUACCUGUGCGCUAAUACCGCCCUGUUCUCGCUCUGUUUACAUAUUCUAAGUAAUCAUAAAACUACACGUCAGCAGUCCAAUUAGUGCAAUCUAGAAUAUGCGUCAACUAAAGGGCAAGGUAAAGGAGACGCGUAAGCAAAAAAAGGAGCGCAAAUUGGAAAACGCACAAAUGCAAAGCAAAAUUGGAACUGUUGUAUUGCCGGCAUUAGGUGCUAUAGCUAUGAUGAUAGUGGCAUUUGUUUACCUGAAGACGAGACCUGCAGUUCUGGCCUAAAAGGUGGUGGAAAAAGAUAACUUGACGUAGUUUAAGCUAAAAUAGACAACGAUUUUAAUUCAAAAUUAUUCAUAUUCGAUUAUACAUAUUUGRUGCCCUGUUAAA